CAAAGACAACGCAUGUCAUCAAGGCGAAUCCGAAGUUUCAGCUGCUGCAGACUGCAUGGAUGAUCACAAGCGAGAGCUGGUUGCAAUGGAGAGGCACAAUAUUAUCCGUGAAAUGUCAGUGGAGGAAAUUAUUUUGGCAUUUCCCGUCUUCAGGGAAGAGUCAUCUCUGCUUGGGGAGUUCAGGGUCCUCUGGAACACCGACAUCGUUGACUGCUUCGAGAAGGGCAUCAAGAAGCUGUUCCUCGUGCUAAUGAACUGCGGCACGAGCGAAGAGAUUCAGGCAAUUUCUGAGCCGGACAACGAUAUUCUUCUUGUGGUGUUGAACUCCAUUGCCAGGAGAUGCGGGGAGGAGCUGGAUUCCAUCUUGGUCAAGGGCAACGCGCUGCCAACGCCCUGCCUUGUCACGUCUGACUACAAAAACAUCGAUAUGUUCGUCAAUGGUUCCCGUCUGUUUGCUGCGUCCUCCCUGCUCGGAGGCCUCUGCGCGUUGUUCGCAUCCUUCUGGCUCCUCCAGUUGGAGUACUCCCAGUGCGGGCAGGGCAUCAUGACGUUCCUGGAGCACGCAUUUCUUGACUUCGACUACACCACACCACAGGGCAAAUGCAAGAGGUUCAUCAACUUGUACAGGAGAGUAACAGCCGUUGACUCUCGUCGAUGAUCUAGGGUAGUCGCUAAAUCUCUAACUUGCAAGCCCUUCAAACAGUUGCACCCUAUGGCACUUGCUUGCAUUUUCUUUCUUGAAAACUCUGCACUCAGAACGGUCCUAUAAAAAAAUGUUAUGUCGUGCCAUUAGCGUGCGCACGCAUCCGCAAUGACCUGAAAGUAGUGUCAUUAUAAAACCUUGGCAGCACAAACAAACAAGGCACAGAAGAGCAGUAUCGUUUGUUUCUGCUACCAAGUUUUAUGAAUUUAACUGACUAGCCCGCUUAUCUACCUUUCCAAAAGUAGCGGCCUUGUGGUGUUCGAGCAAGAAAGGGCACGCAAGAUCAAUGACAGGCAUUGCAGGGGACAGAAAUACACCCCAAUGGAUGCAAUUGUUUUUAGAGUGUAGUCAUUGUCAUGUGCAAUUAUUGCAAGUCAUAGACCUCCUUGAGCAUUUGAGUGAGGUUUUGUACUGUUGUCAGACCGUUCAUCACAUAGCUGUAACAAUUGAAGAAAUGUAGCAAACUGUGCAGUACGGUGUGACUUCUACAUCUUUAACCACUGUCAAUGUCACAGUUGAGAAAAGAGGUAGUGCAGAGUUCGGUGUGUUAGUUCAAUUCAGUUGUACUCUAUGUUCAUAAUCAAAAGUACACAAUAGCUGAGCUAGCUGGUCCAUAAAGAAAGGCUGUGACCAAGCAGCUGAUGGAGAAUGCCUGGGCUUGAUUUCGCCCGAAAUUGUUUUUUUUUUUUUAUGGACAAUAGCUGCUAUGAAGAUUGGCAACAGCAGCUGCAGUGUGGGAGCCAGUUUGUAAUGUGCUAUUCCAGUGUAAAAGAGAAAUAAUAACAGACUGUCAUUAAACAGAAUGUUCCGUUUAAGCCUCAUUUACUGAGAGAUGAACACGGCUGCAGAAUUCAAGCACAAUAUCAAUUGUAGAUGCUGUUGUUCCAAUUAAGAGACUUAGAGUCUACCGUACAUAAGCUUUUAUUCCAGAUAUCUCAAAAUGGUUUCAUUUCUACAGUGUUGCGUUAAUGGUGUUUUAUAUUUUUAUAUGUUGCAAGUAAUUUUGGUUCAAAGCCAGUGUUUCUUUCCAGAAAAAAGAUUGCUGACAUCGCACUCUAAGAUAAUAAAAAAAUUGUUGCUGGACAAGUUGGCAUGACGUGAUUAGAAAGACAAUCCUACUGUAUAUUCAUACAAGUUUGAAGAUUGACAAAUGUAACGUCUUAUAUGUAUACUAGUCUGUCUUUGUGUGGGCAUGCUGGUUUAAUUAAAGUCAUGUUAAAUGCAGUCUAUGCCUCUAGUCACAUGGUACAUCAAUCUUGCCCUCAUUUUAAACUUGGCCUGAACCAAUGCGUGCAACAUAUACCUGUAUGUACGCAUAUAGAUUGUCAUAAGUGCCUUGAAAAACUUUUCACUUGCUGUUUCAAUAAGCAGUUUUCAUUAAAGGCACGUCAGUUGAUACAGUCACGUUAGACUUUCUUGAAUCUUUGAUGGGAGAGUUGUAUGUCCACUGAUUAUGGAGCAGUGCUCUAAAGUUGAAUACCUUUGUUUUGUCGCUGUGAUCUUCACUUCAUGCCAGCAAAAGGCUGGCGUGAUGUGCCUGUACAAAAAAAAGAACAUUCUGUUUGUUAACACUUUUGUUGCAUUUCCACUGUAUCACAAUAUUGUUGUAUUUUCUACAGUGUGUGUUGUUUUGUAAAAUACGAAUUUAGUCACAGUCAUUAUUUCAUCUGUGAGCUGUUAUGUUAAUGUUUUAUGUAUGAUACAGGUCUACAUAUGUCCUUUAGACUAACGACCAAGCUUUUAUAUCAGGAUUUAGCUCUUUCCUCUGCAUUUUAUGAAGGCUGUCUUUUGUAAAAAUUUUGUAGCGAUGCAAAUUGUGAGAAUAAACAUUUGCAGUUUUUGUUUUA